GGGGAAGGGGAGGAAGGACGGGAGCUGGAAGAUGAGCAGAUGUGGGAGGAGGAGAGGCUCAAGGCAUUUGAAUGGAUCAGGUUGAAGAAAGUCUCGAGGAGGGUCGCACUUGCCCAACAGGUGCAGGCGAUUCGCCGUAGGAGUAGUUCCAAUCCCGAGGAUGAGGAGGAAGCAGAGACAGAGACAAAGGAGGAGACAGAGUAAUGAGUCUAUACGGUUCUGAGAUUGCGGGGAUUGUAAGGUAAUGUCG